GCUUUGUACAACAUAAGGACAGAAAGUACAUAAAACAUGGGGUGUCCGAACUAUCAUGCACCAAGGUUCAAAAAUAUGCAAAUGCCACGUAGCUGGACAGAACCAAGGCUUUCGUUCCGAGCUGUUCGGCAGGCCGUCGCGACCACCGCUGAAGGCGCUGCACUUCAGCCAAGCUCCAACACCAUUCAGCCUGCACGCCGUCUUUCAAGCACAGCGCGAGGGGCCACCUCGAGCCACGCCACAGUCGCCGGCCCAGACGGCGGAUUUUUUGUUCCACCUGCGCGGGCGCCUACAGGCUUAUCCUUCUGAGCUCCGGAGCAGCGCCUCGUGCAGCAGCGGCCACACCAUGGGAAGCGUCAGCGUGGAGGGGCUGAACCUGCUCAACAUCAAACCCAACUAUUCGUUCGAGUUCGACUUCGAGGUGAACUUCGACAAGGACCAGAAUCGGUUGUGGAUGAACCGCAACUGGCACACGUCCGUCUACUGGGUGGGCCUCUACAUGCUCGUGGUGUUCGGUGGCCAGGCGUUCAUGGCCCAGAGGCCGGCCUUCAAGCUGACGCGGCCGUUGCAGGCCUGGAACUUGCUGCUUUCCGUGUUCAGCGUGGUGGGGGCCUGUCGCACCAUCCCCGAGCUGAUCCACGUGCUGCGCGAGUUCGGCUUCUUCCACUCAGUGUGCAACAACUCGUACAUCGAGUACGACCGCGUCUCGGGCUUCUGGACCUGGAUGUUCGUGCUGAGCAAGGUCCCCGAGCUGGGCGACACGGUGUUCAUCAUUCUGCGCAAGAAGGAGCUCAUAUUCCUCCACUGGUACCAUCACAUUACAGUGCUUAUGUUCUCCUGGUACUUCUACCAGCAGCAUAUCGCGCCCGCGCGUUGGUACGUCGUCAUGAACUACGUGGUCCACUCGCUCAUGUACUCGUACUUUGCGCUGCGCUCGUUCCACGUGCGCAUGCCACGUUGGAUCGGUGUCUGCAUCACUACUCUCCAGAUCAUGCAGAUGCUCAUGGGCGCUUACGUCACUGGCCUGGGAUUCUUCACCAACAAGCGCGGCUCCGCAUCGUGCGCAAUUUCGGAGUGGACGGCGCUGCUUGCCAUGUUCAUGUACCUGUCCUACUUCAUCCUGUUCGCGCUGUUCUUUUACGGUGCUUACCUCAAGCCGAAACGCAAGACCGCCGUCAAGGCCGACUGAGCGGCCGUCGCCUGUGUCCACACAGUGCUCGCUGCGGGCGCUCUCUCGAAGACAACCCCCACGCUGCCAGACGCGCGAUGCUACGUGAUGUCGGGACAGUCGAGACGAGUGUCGCGCGCUGCUUGCACCAUUCUCCCAUUUCCGUUGUUGCUGCACAUCCCUUUGCGCCUGUUUUGCUGUUGUUGCCUUCGGCCACCUCGCACCUACGGUCGCCCGGCAACGGACUCAUUCCAAUCACACAGCGUCAACGAAUCGAGAUAUGUGCGUGUAUGUAAAACAGGUUGCUUUGUCGACGAUUUUGUGUUGGCGAGUGGUGACCGAGAUUUCAACGGACUCUUAUCUUUUUUUUUCUUUUUUCUGUUUGUUACCUCGUGUUAUCGUCCCGCUUUCUUUGGGAUUACACUUCCGCGGCCAAUUUUAAUGUUUCGGAGAGUCUAGCGAUAACCAGUACCUUCUUAGAGUGGAAUUUACAGUAUUGACGUCGCACGUAUCUGUGCAAUGCCGAUGACCCGUAGUGUAGGGACACGUUGCUCAAUGAGUAGACCAGUGCCCCCCCUCCGUUAGCGCGAGUGACCGCUCCGGGAGUGAACGCUCUUAAUGGGUGCCAACGUGCACCCGGUGCUGUUUUAUCGCGCGAUCAAAUCGACGUUAGACACAACAGAGUGCUUCCCUAGGCACGAUUUUCGCGUCACACAUGGUACGCACAAGGACGUUAGACAGUUUAACGUGGUGGCGCUUAGACUUUCUUUUUGUUGUUGCUAUUGCAUUGCCAAGUUAGGAGCUGCAAUAACAACGGCUUUUAUGACUACCGCUCUCUGCCGGCUUCAAAAACUGGCAUGAAAGAAAGGUUAGUCGUGUGGGUUAUUAUUCUUAUAUAAGAAACGCACACGCUGUUGAACCUGCAGGGUGACAGCGGGCCAGAAGUCCGUGGCAAUGAACGACAAGUAGUGCCUUCGCUCCUGUAGUUUUCGUUUGUUUUUCUCUAUUUCUCUGGUAGACGAGAAAUAUUAAACCUUUUUUUUUCUUCUGGAGACAAUAAAAGUGCGUUCAGUUUCA